UGUUUGUGUUGGAGCAAGUACUCUGGAGGAGUACACUCACAGAGACUCUCUCCACCCCUUUGCAGGAUCCGAGAAAAAGGAAACUUGACGCUGCUCUCUAGCACAAGUUGCGUGUUUAACUCCAAAAGCCAAGAUGCCAGAAACAGCAGAAGCUGUGUCAGCCACCCUCGACACCAACAGAAACUGCACCGUAGAAAUAACCAAUGUCAGCAGUCACUUCUGCCUCAUCAACCCCAAGGUAUACAUGACAAGUGGUUUCUCUCACCACCCGCCCCAGCCAACGGUUCGUACCGCCAUGACUGAAGUGUGCUCCUUCAACAAGGACGACCACACCGCCACGGGCUCUGUCGGCCUGCUGACCUACGACCUGUUCCAUAUGCAGAGCCGGGUUUGCUCCAAGCGCAUUGCCAUCAUGUUCUCUGUGCCCUUUGACCACAACUUGUACAAGAAUCGGCUGGCCGUGGGCGUGGUCCAGCAGUCCCAAGCCUGCGACAAACAUCUGUACAACCAGCUGUACGAUGGGAAGGACGAGACCACCUUCUGCCGCUCCGAGACGCACGGCUGUGGGCUGGUAUUCCAAGAUAAUGAGGUUGAUUUAAGGGCUACAAUGUCUUCCAUUGGCAAAGCCAUUGUUAAAGUGGAGCUCUAUGAUAAAAUGGGUCGCUAGUUUGUACUUUGUUGCUUUUGUACCCAACAGAAUAAAUAAACUUCAUUUGAUUUGACUGCUGCUGCAUUGUUGACAUCUAGAGAAACAUCCAGAGGAGAGGAAGAGUGAUUUUGCUGUCAUCUGUACUUUGUGUCCACUGAAAGAUAUCAAUAUCUGACAGCCAGCUCAUUGAUUCUCCGUUAGCUUGAUUCUUUGGGCUUAUGUGCAUUGUACCCUCCCUUUUUUCUUUGAUUAUGGUAAUAAAACAUUCAGACUCAA